UCAUUCCUGUCCUCCCGUUCUCCUCAUCUUCCUCUUUUCCCAUCUUAUUUCUUUCUUUUCCUGUGGGACAGAGCUACAGUGAGUGCCCUGCAGGCAGGAUUCAGAGAUACAGGAGCAGGCCAGUGGAAACAGACACUAUGGAAAGGAGCCAGAUUAAAUAAGGGCAAAGACAGCCGUAUUACAUGCAGGAACCAGAAUGAAAAGCAUUGAUUGACAGAGCACUGCAACGAGGACACUCCCUUCACUUUGAGAGCUACUACGGGAUUGGGGUCAAUGAGGGCUGGCAUCAAGAUGAAGGGCAGCCAGGCUCCUCCUCCCUGGAGAUGUGGUGCCCUUAAUCCUUCUCUCCCCACCCCACCCCCACUACUCCCUCACAUUGACCAGUGUCCUGGGCCUUUAAGAGUUGGAUGGGCUGGACUGGAGAGAGCUCACACCUCUCCCCUUCUUACUGCUUCCCUCCGGCUAUAACUCGCCAGUCCCAGCAGCCAGCUGCUGUAGAAGAGGGGAGGAAACAAGCCAGUGCAAGGGGAGCAAAAGAGAAAAGGAGCCAGGCUGGGCUUCCUGAUCCCACAGCAUCGCAGAGCUCGGGAGGCACAGCUCACAGACACAGGAAACACAGGACUGCUAUUCUGCUCUCCUGCCCACGGAUACAGAGAAAAGUGAGGCUGAGCAGAGGGACACGCAUGCUACUGAGUUCUGAACCCAAGUGUCCUCCCUUCUGGACCACAGUCUCAAAAUUCUCAAAGGAGAUGAGAAUCAGAGCCAUUGCGAAUUAGUGGAGUCAAAAGAGGGAACCAACUGGAAGAGGUGAUGGGGAGAAGGGAUGAGGAGAAGGAAAAGAAGAGGAGAGACUGACCUAGGUGAUCUGGUGCCAGCUGGUGGAACGGUGGGUGAUGGCAUCCCUGCUGCAAGACCAGCUGACCACUGAUCAGGACUUGCUGCUGAUGCAGGAAGGCAUGCCGAUGCGGAAGGUGAGGUCCAAAAGCUGGAAGAAGCUAAGAUACUUCAGACUUCAGAAUGACGGCAUGACAGUCUGGCAUGCACGGCAGGCCAGGGGCAGUGCCAAGCCCAGCUUCUCAAUCUCUGAUGUGGACACAAUACGUGAUGGCCAUGAUUCCGAGUUGCUGCGUAGCCUGGCAGAGGAGCUCCCCCUGGAGCAGGGCUUCACCGUUGUCUUCCAUGGCCGCCGCUCCAACCUGGACCUGGUGGCCAACAGUGUUGAGGAGGCCCAGAUGUGGAUGCGAGGGCUCCAGCUGUUGGUGGAUCUUGUCACCAGCAUGGACCAUCAGGAGCGCCUGGACCAAUGGCUGAGUGACUGGUUUCAACGUGGAGACAAAAAUCAGGAUGGUAAGAUGAGUUUCCAAGAAGUUCAGCGGUUAUUGCACCUAAUGAAUGUGGAGAUGGACCAAGAAUAUGCCUUCAGUCUUUUUCAGGCAGCAGACACGUCCCAGUCUGGAACCCUGGAAGGAGAAGAAUUCGUACAGUUCUAUAAGGCAUUGACUAAACGUGCUGAGGUGCAGGAACUAUUUGAAAGUUUUUCAGCUGAUGGGCAGAAGCUGACUCUGCUGGAAUUUUUGGAUUUCCUCCGAGAGGAGCAGAAGGAGAGAGACUGCACCUCUGAGCUUGCUCUGGAACUCAUUGACCACUAUGAACCUUCAGACAGUGGCAAACUGCGGCAUGUGCUGAGCAUGGAUGGCUUCCUCAGCUACCUCUGCUCUAAGGAUGGAGACAUCUUCAACCCAGCCUGCCUCCCCAUCUAUCAGGAUAUGACUCAACCCCUGAACCACUACUUCAUCUGCUCUUCUCAUAACACCUACCUAGUGGGGGACCAGCUUUGUGGCCAGAGCAGCGUCGAGGGAUAUAUACGGGCCCUGAAGCGGGGGUGCCGCUGCGUGGAGGUGGAUGUAUGGGAUGGACCUAGUGGGGAACCUGUCGUUUACCAUGGACACACCCUGACCUCCCGCAUCCUGUUCAAAGAUGUCGUGGCCACAGUAGCACAGUAUGCCUUCCAGACGUCAGACUACCCAGUCAUCUUGUCCCUGGAGACCCACUGCAGCUGGGAGCAGCAGCAGACCAUGGCCCGCCAUCUGACUGAGAUCCUGGGGGAGCAGCUGCUGAGCACCACCUUGGAUGGGGUGCUGCCCACUCAGCUGCCCUCACCUGAGGAGCUUCGGAGGAGGAUCCUGGUGAAGGGGAAGAAGUUAACACUUGAGGAAGACCUGGAAUAUGAGGAAGAGGAAGCAGAGCCUGAGUUGGAGGAGUCAGAAUUGGCAUUGGAGUCCCAGUUUGAGACUGAGCCUGAGCCCCAGGAGCAGAACCUUCAGAGUAAGGACAAAAAGAAGGUUGUGAUGUGCCCGCUGUUUUGUCCGUCUAUCUGUUGUCAGAUUGUGGCGCAGGCUCCUAUUUCCAAGCCUGAGUCCCUUCUCUUGUCCCAGCAGAAAUCCAAGCCCAUCUUGUGUCCAGCCCUCUCUUCCCUGGUUAUCUACUUGAAGUCUGUCUCAUUCCGCAGCUUCACACAUUCAAAGGAGCACUACCACUUCUACGAGAUAUCAUCUUUCUCUGAAACCAAGGCCAAGCGCCUCAUCAAGGAGGCUGGCAAUGAGUUUGUGCAGCACAAUACUUGGCAGUUAAGCCGUGUGUAUCCCAGCGGCCUGAGGACAGACUCUUCCAACUACAACCCCCAGGAACUCUGGAAUGCAGGCUGCCAGAUGGUGGCCAUGAAUAUGCAGACUGCAGGGCUUGAAAUGGACAUCUGUGAUGGGCAUUUCCGCCAGAAUGGUGGCUGUGGCUAUGUGCUGAAGCCAGACUUCCUGCGUGAUAUCCAGAGUUCCUUCCACCCUGAGAGGCCCAUCAGCCCUUUCAAAGCCCAGACUCUCUUAAUCCAGGUGAUCAGCGGUCAGCAACUCCCCAAAGUGGACAAGACCAAAGAGGGGUCCAUUGUGGAUCCACUGGUGAAAGUGCAGAUCUUUGGUGUCCGUCUAGACACAGCACGGCAGGAGACCAACUAUGUGGAGAACAAUGGUUUUAAUCCAUACUGGGGGGAGACACUAUGUUUCCGGGUGCUGGUGCCUGAACUUGCCAUGCUGCGUUUUGUGGUAAUGGAUUAUGACUGGAAAUCCCGAAAUGACUUUAUUGGUCAGUACACCCUGCCUUGGACCUGCAUGCAACAAGGUUACCGCCACAUUCACCUGCUGUCCAAAGAUGGCAUCAGCCUCCGCCCAGCUUCCAUUUUUGUGUAUAUCUGCAUCCAGGAAGACCUGGAGGGGGAUGAGUCCUGAGGUGGGCAUUUCACGGGGAGGGUUGGUGUGCUGGCUUUAGAUGGUGAGAAACAUCUGGAAGGAUGCUCUAGAGAACAAAUGGAGGUGGUGAAAACCAAGCUUUGGAUUGUGCAUUCCCAGGCACAAAGUUACCUCAUUCUUCCUAACAAGCAAAUCUGGGACCUGAUUUUCCACCUUUUUUCUCUUUUCUUCCCUUCCCUUGUUUUCAUAAGCCUUUGGUAUCUUUCCUGCUCUUUUCCUUUGUGUACUCUAUACUGGAGUUCCCUUCUUCCUCUUGCUGUAGGCUCAAUCCCAUACCGACAUCUACAACUAAUCUUUCCCAUCAACUCUGUGUGAAGGCAGGUUGCAACUAGAAAUUCAGAGGGGCCUGGAACAGAGAAACCUAAAGAAGAAUCAUCCCCUCCACCCCCAACUUCCUCAAAGCCCAAAGCCAAGGGAAGGAUAAAUCAAGGUUCAAGGCUUCCCCGGCAAAGAUUAGGGAAAGAGACUUGACCCCAGGACUGUACUACGACUCUCAAGAGAACACUGCACAGCACUCAAAGUCCCCCACUGGACUGCUUCCUCCUUAGCCCCACUGGUAUAAAUACAUCUCUCUCCAAUUUGGCUUCAAUAUGGUCUGUCAUUGUUGGGCAAGAAGGGGAGGUACAAGGGUUGUGGGGACAUCUGGGUAGUCAGGUGAGACAAGGAAAAGGUAGAGAAAGAGGUUCCCAGGAGA